AUGUCUCGACUGAUGGUACAACUGGCAGACCGUCGAGCUCGCCUCAUCUCCGCCCUCCGGGGGCCGGUCAGUCGUCCUGCGGUACGGCGGCGCCAGCUCUACGAGUUGGCCACCAGAGCGACGACAGGCGUGCAAGCGGCGACCGGACUGAUCCAGUUCGCCGUGGAGAUGAUCAAGGAGACAGAUGUACAAGCAUUUGCCCAAGUGAGUCUUGUCUCCCCUUCACUCCCCCCUUCCGCCGCCUAA